GCAAUUUAUUCUCCUUUUAACAUUGCAGUGGGCACAAAGCUUAUCAGCACACAGCACACUGUUACUCACAAAAUUCCUGGCGCUGUGGGUAGAGGCUUAGCAGGAUCCCAAAACAUGGCUUUCCUCUGGGGCUGGCUGGCAAGUCAGGUCAGGAGUUUCAGGUUUCAGGGGGCGUUGCGUGUAGCACAGAGAUACGAGGCCCCGAGGAAUGGGGAGGGAACUGCACCCAAAACGGAAGGCGGCUAUCGGCGAAGGUAAACUUCCAGCCCAGCCGUCAAAGCCACCAGUGCAGUGCAGGGAUCAAAGCAAUCGCAACUACAAAGCUCUUUCGUCAAGCGAUGAUCAAGGGGGGGUUUCUUCGGGGAUUCAUUUUUACAGCCUGUUCGCACCCACAGCAGUCCAGGUGUUUAUCUUAUAGCUACGUCAGGGUUACAAGUGUUAAUCAGCAAUUACACAGGCGAACGUAUGUCUAUCAUAGUAAGUCACUCGAAGUUCAAUUCCUUAUCUAAGGGAUAUACACGUUCAGGAUAGUGGAGUAUGUGUCCUUAAUAUUACACUUCGAGCUUCAGGAAAGUUAACUCAAACGUUUAUAAACCUUCUUUAACAUUUUUAGACGUUUUUAAACAUUUCUAUAUAUUACUACAACACCCCUUCCCCCCCGCAGAAUCUGCCUCUAGGCUCCGGGGAGACCUUCAAGUCUGACUCCCUCCUGGCAUCUGGGAGCUGCCUGCACCUUGGGCCCCUCUGCCAGCUGGCACGGUCCUCACCACCACGCCUGCCCCUGCUGGGGCGCCAGGGGGUGGGACGAGCAGGGGACCCGGCUCCUGUGGCGAUGCUCCCUGCCUGUGUGGGUGGGUCUGAGUCAAGGCAGGGUCACUGAGCUCUGGCACCAGAGAGGACGGUGACCUGUGGCCGGGGCGGAGCCGACAAGGCGCCAUCAAUCACCUGGCCCGCCCCUCCCUCAGCAGAGCCUCCUGCCAGCUGCCCGCAGCCUCUUCGAGAGGAAGCUCUCUUGCUGCUGCCAUGCAGACCACACCUUGGACAGUGGCCGCUGGGCCGGAGCUGCACAGCCCCAAGGAGCCCGGGGAGCCACCGACCCCAGUGCCGGGCACUCGGCGGGCAAGCAGCGGGGAAGGGCCCAGCACCCAGCGUGAGGCCUUGAUGUCAGGCCUGGGCACCUUCCAGCGGGCCUUCUCCCGGGUGAGCCAGCGGGCCACGGGCCGGGCCUCGGAGGAGGACCCAGGCCUGCUCCGCCGCAGCUCCCGCUUCCUGUUCCGGUCCCUGCGACGCUCAAAGGACCACAGGCCGGCCGUGGACCAGGGCCAGGCCACUGCUGUGCCAGGGGCAGGCCACAGCCCCGAGGAGCCCUCCAGGGCCAUUGACGGCGUCGGCCAGCAGGCAUCCCCCAGGGAGGAGCCGGAGGAGCUGGAAUCUGAGGCAGGCAAGUCCGUGGCGGAUCUCAUCACCGAGUGGCAGCUGCUGGCGGCCUUCGAACAGCUGCAGCGCCUGGAGACGCGGCUGGUGACGGAGAAAGCGUCGCACACCUUCGAGCGGGACCCCACGGACUUCGCGCGGCGGGCCAUGGACGUGUGCCUGCAUUUCCAGGAGCUCGCGCGGGACGCGCGCGGCUGCGAGCAGCUCUACAUCCUGCUGGACUGGGCCGCCAAUGUCUACGGCAGUCCUAAUUUCCUGGGCGCCCCGGACCUGACUCUGUCCACGGAGCCGCUGCCCCCACUCCUGGCCCCAGAAGUGUGGGCCCAGCUGGAGAGCGAUUACACCAGCUUUCUAGAGACCAAGAUCGCCAGCUGCUUCGAGAGCAUCCUGCAGUUGGAGCAGAGCCGCUGGGCAGCCGCCGUGGACCCAGAGGUGCUGCAAGGCCGGUACCACUCGUCGCUGUCCAUCGACGUCCACAUGCUGGUGGCAGAGCACGUGAAGGCGGCGGGGGCCAUCUCCGCGGAGCUGGAGGCCACCACCUUGCGGAUCUGCGCGCGGGCGCUUGGCCUCUUCCUGCCCAGGUUUGAAAAGACUUUUCUGGAGUCGGAGGCGGUGAGCGAGCCGCACCUGGGCGCCUACAUCAACGCCUGCGAGGAGCUCAGGACCAACCUACUGGCCAGGUUCCCAGGAGCCUUCACGGAGCUGGAGCAGCCCCUCGUGGCUGCCACCUGCAUCUUCCAGAAGCGGCUGCUCCAGGGUUUGCAGCACAAUGUGCAGCCGCUCUUCAGGCUCCUGUGCACCAAGGCCUGGCUGACGCAGGACACGCUGCAGCCCCUCAUGGACAAGGUGGUGGCCUUCGCCGGCCACCUGGAGCGCGUGGCGCCACCUUGUGCGCAGGAGACCUGCAGG